GCGCCGCCGGCCGGCCAAUCAGGCGCCGCCACACGAGAGCGGCCGGCGAGGGACACCUCAGCCCUCAUCCUCUGUGCACGCUGUGUCUGACAGGGAGAACCACCGUUGCCACGGGAGAGCAACAGCUUCUACACUCUCCUCUUGGGCGGAAGGAGACACAACAAUGAUGGUACCUGACGUACGAUGGACAAUGGGCUUGUCCCUUCUAGUGUUAUUAGGUAUCAUAGGAAGCUCCAGUGGUGUCACCAUCAUGAGCAUUGACUUUGGGUCAGAGUGGAUAAAGGUUGCUGUUGUAGCGCCGGGAGUCCCCAUGGAAAUUGUCCUAAACAAAGAAUCUAAAAGGAAGACCCCAGGAGCCGUGUCCUUCCGAAACGGAGAGCGAACCUUUGGAGAGGAUGCUUUAACAACUGGUAUUCGCUUCCCAGCAAAUAACUACUUCUAUCUCCUUGACUUGCUGGGAAAGAAAAUAGACAACCCUAUUGUCGAACUGUACAAAAAGCGGUUCCCCUUUUAUAACAUCGAAGCUGAUCCUGAGAGAGGAACUGUUGUAUUUAGACAUAAUGAUGACACAACCUACACAGUGGAGGAGUUGAUAGCUCAGAUGUUAGCCUAUGCCAAAGACAUGGCAAUGUCACACACUGAGCAAAGGAUAAAGGACUGUGUAAUCACAGUCCCUCCCUUCUUCAACCAAGUUGAGCGCAGAGCCAUGCUGACUGCAGCUGAGCUGGCGGGACUGAAGGUUCUGUCCCUUAUGUCGUCCAAUGCAGCAGUUGCCCUGAACUAUGGUAUGUUCAGGCGAAAAGAGAUCAAUGCUACAGCCCAUAACAUCCUCUUUUAUGACAUGGGAGCCUCUUCAACCAUAGCGACCAUUGUCUCUUACCAGACAGUUAAAACAAAGGACAGAGGAUACACAGAGACCAAUCCACAAGUCACUGUACUAGGGUUAGGAUAUGAUCGUACAUUAGGCGGGCUGGAAAUGCAAAUGCGCCUCCGGGAUUAUUUGGCCAAGAAAUUCAAUGAAAUAAAGAAGACCCCAAACAAUGUUCUGGAAUCUCCUCGUGCACUGGCUAAGCUCAUGAAGGAAGCUGGCAGAUUAAAGAAAGUCCUCUCUGCAAAUUCUGAUCAUCUGAGUCAGAUAGAAGGACUUCUUGAUGAAGAAGACUUUAAAACAUUGGUUCAAGCAUUGAUGCUGAUUUCUGCUGCUAUGGAUAUCUCAGCCAUUGAUCAGUUCAUCAUUGUUGGAGGUGCAACCAGAAUACCCAAAAUUCAGUCUAUCCUGCAAGGCGUUUGGGGUCGAGAGCUUGGCAAAAACAUCAAUGCUGAUGAAGCAGCUGCAAUGGGGGCAGUCUAUCGUGCAGCUGACCUUGGUCAGGGCUUUAAGGUUAAGAAGUUCCACGUAAAAGAAGCAGUUGUCCUCCCUAUUGAGGUUGACUUCGAGCGCCAGGUGGAGAAUGAUGAUGGCUCCACCUCAACCAAGGUGGUGAAGCGCUCCCUCUUUGCAUUUGGCAACAACUACCCACAGAAGAAGGUUAUGACCUUCAACAAGCACACUACAGAUUUUAGCUUCUAUGUUAACUAUGGGGACCUCUCUCACCUUUCUAAGGAGGAGCUCAGGAAUGCUAAUGCAGAGAACAUCUCCCAUGUGCUGGUAUCAGGAGUGACCUCUGCUUUCCAGAAGCAUCAGCAGGAGGGCAGUGAGCCCAAGGGCAUCAAGGCCCAUUUCAACAUGGAUGACUCAGGAGUGCUGGCUCUGAACAUGAUGGAGGCAGUAUUUGAGAAAAGUGUGCUGGUAGAAGAAGACAAACCCAAAGAGGAGGAGUCAACACUCUCAAAACUUGGUAGCACCAUCAGUAAGCUCUUUGCAGGAACAGAACAAGAACGGGAAGGCGGAGAGAAAGAAGAAAGUGAAGAUGCAGAGGGCAAGGAAAACAAGACAGAAGAAGACAACACAGAAAAGAAAGAGCAAGAUAGCAAUAAUCAGGCAAAGAAAGAGAACAAGGAAGACCAGAAAGAUGACCAAAAAUCAGACAAGAAAGAGAAAGAGGAGGAUGAGAAGAAAGCUGGCACAGACAAAAAGAAAGAGGGAGAGAAGGAGCUGAAGCCAAAGCAGGUCACAGUCAAAGAAGAGCUGAACAUGACCAUCACCCACCUAGACGUUCCAGACAUGACAGAGGAACAAGUGGCUGCAUCCAAGAAGAAGUUGGAGGACAUAAAUGCAGCUGAACGAGCUCGACAUGAGAGGGAAGCUGCACGCAACAACCUGGAGAGCUACAUCCUGGAUGCACAAGACAAGCUCUACCAGGAAGACUAUGAACAGGCCUCCACGGAUGAACAAAGGGCAGCCAUAAGGGAAAUGUGCUCAACGCUUGACGAGUGGAUCUACGAUGAAGGGGCAGAUGUGGAAGCUUCUGUCUACAAGGAGAAGUUAAAGGAGCUCUCCAAGCUGUUCGAGCCAAUCAAGCAGCGUGUGUUUGAGCACCUCAAUCGGCCAGAAGCUGUCCAGGCCUUGACGGACAUGAUGAACAAGUCAUCCGAGUUUGUGCAGCGAGCCAGAGAUGCACCCCCAGAGCUGCAAUUCUUCACCGAUGUAGAGAUCGACACCAUGGAUAAACUCAUCACGGAUACCCAGAAAUGGCUGGAGGACAAGGAGGAACAACAACAGACACAGGCAUUGUCUGAUGAACCUAAGUUGAAGCUGAAUGACAUUGGGGAGAAGCUUGGAGCUCUGGAUCGUGAGAUCAAAUAUCUUGUGAACAAAGCCAAGAUCACCAAAGCCAAAAAGGACAAGGAAGCAGCAGAGGCCAAGGUAAAGGCAGAAAAGGAGGCCAAAGAAACAGGCAAGAAGAAGAAUAACACAGACAACUCAAAGAGUUCAAAAUCAAAGAGUGGAGGGGAAACCAAGCCAGACACAGAAGAAAAAGAUACAAGUGAGAAAAUUGUUACAGGAGAAGAACCAGUAAUACAGGAGAGUGAAGAGUCACCCUAUGUCUUCGAAGAGGAAUCGGAAGAAAAUAAUAGUGAGGAAGACCGAAGGAAAGAAGAUAUAGAAGUAGAAAAGAAAGCUGAUGAUAAAGGACAUGUUGAGUUGUGAUGAGACUGGAUAAAGGGCAGGAGUUUUUGGCACCACAAGUAAAAUAAUUAUCAAGAUCCAUCAAUGCUGAUACAACAGGAAUCUGUUUUCAAGAUGCACUUCUAUAUUGGCACAUGUGCAGGAAGGACAUAUGGGUCUGUGUUCAGGAAAAUAGAAAAGACCCUUGUGUAUGACAAAUUGACUUGUGUUGCUCUGUACCCUGGCCAGGCCAAAUGUGCUCUCCCAAAACAGUGAUUUAAGUUUAGAUUUCUUCCCUUGGCUACCUCUGUAAAGAUACAAGACAGCACUCGACAGAUGGCCCUCUUACCUUAAUCACUCCUUUCUUCCCUCCUACUUUAAAAGUGGUCAUUUGCACAAUGAGUAGUCACGAAAUGACAUUUACCUGUUUUUGAAUGCUGUUAAUUUAUUAGGUGUCUGUUGUCAUAAAAAGAAAAAGUAUUUGAAAUAUGGAAUUUCUUGCCCAUUUCAGAGAAGUAAAUUUUACACUUUUGAUUCUCUCAUUUCCUUUCCCCCAACUCCUGAGAAGUUUGUGGAGAGACCUCUGCCAGUUCGUUUAUAAUUGAUGCUAUAUGAAUCAGACAAAAUUACUUUAGGUAUUGUUGCAUCUUGCAAAGCAUAAAUCUGAUUUACAUUCAAGGCCAGUUGUAUCUCCAAAACUAAAAGUUACAAGAUCACUAAAGCAGCAAAUCACUUUGCAAAUGUUGUUGAUGGUUUGAAAUACUAUUUUUCCAGUGUUAAAAGAAUUAAUACAACAAGAAUAUUGCAUAUUCUUUUGAAUCAAGAGUGAGAUUAUUUAUUAUCUUCAUAAAAGAUUGUAGUAGAUCUGUUUUAGUAGUGAUAUGUAGGUUAUUGUAAAGGUUCUGGUCCCAUGCAUGCUGCUGCUCUGGAAAAGUCAGGUAGUAUAGAACAUUCAGUUUGAAAUACAAAUGUGCAAGUGAUCUUUCUUGAACAAAACAGUGGUCAUGUAUUGGUUAAAGGGUAAACAUUUUUAUUAGAUAGAAUUAUUUGCUAGAGAACUUAUUGACAUUCCAGAUAUCUUAGUCAUUAAAAAAUGAAAUUUGAACUUGUUUUGAGUCUGAAAAAUGUGGAACGGAUAAAUUGAUUUUUACAAGCUGUGUGCAAGUGUACUUCGUCAUGAAUUGUUGGAAGAACAUAUUGUAUUUUCUAAAAAGGAAUGGUAGGAGAAUGGCAUUGCCCUUUGAAUAUAAUAUGUGUUGGGUAGUGAUGUCUAUCUUGUCCGGAAAUGCAUUUGGUGUGUAUAAUCACCUACAUUUUUUUUUUUUGUUCAGAACAUAUAUUUUGUUCAGGAGCAACACCAUCUUUCUCUUGUCUGUACUGAAUCUUACACAGUGGCAAAAUCAUGCAAUGAAACAGGUCAGUAAUUAUACAGAUAACCAGAAAUGUAUAAAUGCACUUUUUUAUUGGAAGAACUAUUAUAAAUGUUGGGUAUAAUAAUAAGUAGUAAAUUAGAAUUCACUUUUAAUUUAUUUUUAUCGCAUUAAGUGAAUGUAUUAACUGCAUUUUCAUUUUCAUAUUUAUUUACUUUUCUAGCACUUUAGUCUGUUAUUUUUGUUUUCCUAAGGAAUUUUCAGGGUGCUGCAUAUGGUGUGAUUGAGGUAAUCUUUAGUUUGCUGUAUGUAUGAGAACUCGGAUAAUUUGGUAAAAUCUAAAAGGUAUGCGAGAUGUUGAUCUCUUGCAGUUGCUUAACAAUAAAUGACGAAAAUUUUAACCCGUAAAAGGUUCUACUUAUUUAUGAAGGGAAGAAGGCCAUGUUGUACAUGACUUUUAGAACCCAAAAAGUAAAAGUAAACUUGGGAAUGACUUUCACUGUACAUUUUCUGCUUUUAAGAAUGAAAGAUAGAGAUCUCACAUACUUAAAACAAAAUACUCAGGCAGAACAUUUCAGGUACUGCUGGGCAUUCGUAAGAUUAAUGUAACACAAAAGAGGAAAGUAUUUUGUACAUUGAUAUUGGAUCAAAUUUCAGAUGAUGGUUUUCGGAGAUCAUUUCUAAGAUAUAUUCAGUACCUCUUCAGAAAAAAAGUAGAUGGAUUAAAAUUUCAGCAAUUUUUGCAGGAGUUUUUGCCUGUAUUUGUUGCUGUGUUAUUUUUUGUCCAUUUUUAAGGGAAAAACUAUUAUACAAAUGUCUUGACGAUGUAUGAAUUCUUAUUGAGUUGAUCAAAGGAAGGACUACAUUUCCUAUUGUUAAUUUGUUUAUUGCUCUACAAAAUAUUAGUUGUCAGACAUCACAUGUUAAAUUUUUUUUUAAAUACACACCAAAGAUUUUUCAAAACAUUCUUCUUGAACUGUACCCAGACAAUUUCCAAUAGGAAUACCCUUUUAUCCUUUGUUUUGUCCCUUUUUGUGUAAUGGAAAAGACUUAGUAAAUACUCCCUCAUACAAGCUACGUCCGUGGUUCUCAUUGUCCUCCUCUCCCUAUCCCAGGCUGUCCCCGUUCCUACCAGGUUCCAUCCUAGGCUUCCCCCAUUUCCUCUGAGUUCAAGGCACAGUCUAAUGACGGUCUUCACAUUUAUACAAAAAUAUACAUAUAUUAGAGUUACAGCCCACGUUGGCCUCCAAGCAGAAUUAAGAAAAUCGAAAUGUUAAUCCAGCGUGGCUUAUACGUAAGGGUAUACUUGUAUCUAUCCAUAUACACUACAAAAUCUACCAAUCUGCUAUUCCUCUUCUGUCUAAAAUUAUUCUCCAGUUUCUUCCCUGGAUAUGUAAUUGGAUUACAUUCUAAAAUUGCUUCGUUUGGCUUUUAAUAUGUACUGAGAGAGAAACAAAAGGCAGCCAGAUGUAAACAUGUUUAUAUAUAUGUACAUCCCUACACAUACAACCAUACGUAUAUAUAAUGUAUAAAUGUGUUUGUAAGUACACAUAGACUCAAGCUUUUUCAUGGUCUGUGGACAGUUUGGCAAACGUUUGUCUGGAUAUUUGUAAAAUCAAACAAGGGUAUUGGUAUUUGGCAGAAAAAAUAAAACUAAAUGUAUGGUAAACGAUAUCCAUUUGUAAAUAUGUUUAACCACAGUCCAGAGGUGGCGAGGAUGAAGUGGUCGAGGUUUCUGUAGUAACGAGGUUUCUGUAGUACUGUAAUAUCACAUGCAUUUGCACAAGAGAAGGAUAUCUUGUUUCUCACAGUGAGUGAAGGUGUAUGAUUUUCUUUAUGUCGGAUUGUGUUCGUUUCUUAUAAUAAAUAUGAGAAAAUAAA